AUGGCCGCGGGACCCCUCCUGCCGUGCCCAAUGUCCUGGCUGGAAUUCCUCAAGGCCUCGCACUUUGCGCUGGGGCCCGACCCACGGCUGCACGUGGACGCCAAGCAGUCCACGUCGCACCGGGACUUUCCCGCCUACCGGAACGUUACCCGUGGGCCGCUGUGCCAGCCGCCGCCCCGCGCGUCCCUCUCCCAACAGGACGCGCGCUGGGCCGGCCAGGAGCUCCUGUCGGAGACGCACUGCGCAUAUGCGCCCGCGUCACCGCUGCUGUCAAGGGAGCGGGAGCGGGAACUGGCACGGGAGCGCACGCUCGCCAUGCAGGCCAGCAACCUGCACUCGCACGCGGACUCCCGCGCCCGCACCGGCCUCUCCACCGCGCGCGCCCACUUCGGCAGGCCGGCGCUUCCAGAGCGUGCCAGCGAGCAGAUCCGCGGCGCGCGCCUCAUCUUCGACCGCGACUCGGUGCCAUCCCGCGACGGAACCAAGCUGCCCAUCCCGCCCAGCGCGCACCAGGAUUUCUUCUCGCUCCACGACAUUUGCCCGAAGCUCCGCGAGCCCUCCUGCCACUUCGAGGACCUUCUGGUAGACAUCACUAGUCAGAGACCCUCCAAGCUGGGUUCACGGAUUUGGGAGCACAGGAGACAGGAUGACAGCACCUCCUACCAGAGACAGUUCCAGGCCCUUCCAGGCCCACCUGCCUUGACAUGUAAGAGGGCUUCCUCCAGCACAGAACUAGGAGACUUCAAGAUUGGCUAUGGGCCCAUGUGUGCAGAGCAGAAACAAGCCUACAGGCCCCAGGUUUUGCCCCCAGACAGGUAUGACAAGGCCCAGGCCUCAGCCCACAUCCACGGUGUGAAUAUUCGACCUGGAGAUGGCCUCUUCCACGGCAGGACCACCAAGGGUGAACACUUCUAUGCCCGGGAGCCAGAGCCUUUUGUUCUUCACCACGACCAGACUCCAGAGUCGCACAUCCUGGAAGGAAAUGGGUGCCCUGAUCCGGGCAGCCUCACCACCUCCAUGCACUUCUUCCACGGCCAGCCGCUGCCCGCGACCAAGCCACCCAGCCGCCACGUGCCUCAUGAGAAAUUGCAGAGUCACAUAACCCUAGGGGAGCCGUCGCUGCUCGGACAGUUCUUCCAGACCUCCACGGGCACAGACUAUUUACCCCCUGGGAUGCAGAAGCCGCCGAAAGCGCUCAACGUCCACUUGCUGCAGAGCAACCUGCCCCAGGGCACAGGCGAUGAGCGAGAUUUUUUAACCAUGAACCAGAAGGUGCUGAAGCCACACAGAAUAGCUCCAGCCUCUAUGACUGAGGAGAUGCUACAGUGGUGCAAGUAUAGCCACUUGGAGCCCCCGCUGGGUAGACAGCGCUUCUUCUCAACCCUAAACAAGGAUGAGUUUGCUUUCAAGUACCAGGGCCCAGCAGUGCUGAGAUGGGACGACCUCCAGGAGAGUCAUGUGUCCCUGGGCUCCCCUCGCCAGUGGGGCUGUGGGGCUGGGAAGGUGGACCCUCGGGCCCCCCAGACCCCUACCUACCCAUGCUGCAGCAUGGAUCACAGCCGGGUCCAGGGGCAAAUCAACAAAAGUCAUCAGGAUGUGAUCAGGCCCAAGGGGGAAGGAGAGGAGUCCAGUUUUGGGUCCCACGGGGACAAGAUGGACCUUUUGGCUGCAGUCAUGAGAGCUGGAAAGCAGGUCUCAGGCCACAAGUUCAGCCCAGAUCUAGAAGGUCCUGGAAGGAAGAGCGAAGUCUCCUGGAGGCCUGAUUUGCAUGCAAGGGUAAAGUCUGCCCAGAGUGCUUCCCAGAUCUGGUCUAGGCUUCAGAGCAUCAGGCACGGGGAGUCCACCAGUGACAGCGGUGCGUGA